CGCAAAAGGAAAAUGUGACAAACCUCUGAUGCUGUUUAAUAUACUAUGACAUUUUAUAUUUUUGGGUUAAACUUACUAAACCAGUUUAUUUAUCAGCACACAUGAGUGUGUCCAGGCUGCAGCAACUCAAGGGUCAUAUAUUGCCUGGAAAUAAGUUCACAGCAAUGGCCGGCCCGGCUAGUCCCUUGACCACCCAUGUGCUGAACACUGCAAUGGGUGUCCCUGGUGCGAACAUAGCCCUCAGUCUCUAUCGACAAGACCCCUCCUCUAAUGCCUGGAGUCUCAUAACCACUGGGAUUACUAAUGCUGAUGGACGUUGCCCAGGACUCAUCACAACACAAGUGUUUACUUCUGGGGUGUAUAGAUUGCAUUUUGAGACUGCUCAGUACUGGGAGAGUAUGGGAGAGACCGGCUUCUACCCAUAUGUUGAGAUUGUCUUCACUAUAAAUGACCCAGCUCGAAAGUACCAUGUCCCUCUGCUCCUGAGUCGUUUCUCUUAUAGUACGUACAGAGGGAGCUAGAAAUCAAGUGUGAUGCUCCAUCACAGGAAGAGGCAACUCCACCAAGAACAUUCAUCCCAGCACCAGCUGAACCCAAUGACGAGACACAAUGCUCCAUUUCAAUGAUUCUUCCCUUUAAAUAAUUAUGUAAUACUGUAAUAAAUAUAUAUUUUCUUCGAUUACACAAACCACAUGACUCAUAUACACUGUACUUAUUAGGACACCAUUAUAUUAAAUGCAUUUUAAAUAUGUUAUUAAGGCAUAUACCGUUUUAAUUCCCUAAUAAAUAAUGUUGGGUU